AUGGCAAAUACUGGACGGCAUGAUGGUGUCCAGAUGACAUAUAAGCCACUUGCAGACCGCCUCCAGGUUGUUCUUUAUGAGGCUUCACAAGUGUGUUACACGAAUCUCGAGCCCCAUGUCAAGUGCGCUACGGGGGUGUUUGCAACGUGUAGGCGGUAUUCGUGCUCCAAUGACUGGUGUAAUCUUGUUGAGGCUUUCGGAUGCGUACCUGCUUCCGUCACAAAGUGUGCAUGGUACUGCAUCCGACGACGUUGA